ACGCCAUUUUUGCCUUCGCAGACGCUAAACGUGCUUAACCCGAUGCGCGAAAGCCCUCUGGAAGUGCUCGAAGAUACGGACCUCGCUGGCCCACUGGUAUUUUGCCUGAUAUUUGGUGGGACACUCCUCCUGGCUGGGAAGGUGCACUUCAAUUACAUCUACGGCAUCGGUUUGCUCGGUUGCUUGGGAAUGUACAUCCUCCUCUCCCUAAUGACGCCCGACGGCGUAGCUCCGACCUGUGUAGUCUCCGUUCUCGGCUACUGCAUGCUGCCAAUGUGUCUCCUUUCAACCAUUGGCAUAGUCUUCUCUCUCGAAUCGAUAGUUGGUGUGGUUCUGACGACUUUCAUAGUCCUCUGGAGUGCGAUGUCGUCGAGUAAGCUGUUUGUCCGCGCCCUGAACAUGCAGAAACAGCAAUUCCUCGUUGGCUAUCCCUGCGCUCUCGUCUACGCCGUGUUUGCCCUUCUAACCGUCUUUUAA